AUGCUCUUCACCGUGUCGGUAGGCCGAGCGCUCUAUCGGCGGCUCGCUGCGCGGAACAACGCCUGGGCCCCGGGGCCCCGCGCUGCCGCCACCGUGGCCACGCUGCUCAUCCAGAGGCCGGAGUACGCCUGGCUGCGGGAGCUGGGGUUGCAGGAGGAGAAUGCGGGCGUGUACGACGGCCGCUGGGGAGGAAGGGGCGAGGUUGUGACUACCUACUGUCCUGCUAACAAUGAACCCAUUGCAAGAGUCCGGCAGGCCAACUUGGCAGACUAUGAAGCCACACUAGAGAAAGCCAAGGAAGCUUGGAAAAUAUGGGCUGAUGUUCCAGCCCCUAAGCGAGGAGAGGUAGUGCGCCAGAUUGGGGAGGCUUUGCGGCAGAAAAUCCAAGUCCUUGGAAGUUUGGUUUCCUUGGAGAUGGGGAAAAUAUUAGUGGAAGGUGUUGGAGAAGUUCAGGAGUAUGUGGAUAUCUGUGACUAUGCUGUUGGCUUGUCACGAAUGAUUGGAGGACCCAUCUUGCCUUCAGAACGACCUGGCCAUGCCCUCCUAGAACAGUGGAACCCUGUGGGACUGGUAGGAAUCAUCACUGCAUUCAACUUCCCUGUGGCCGUGUACGGCUGGAACAAUGCCAUUGCAAUGAUCUGUGGGAACGUUUGUCUUUGGAAAGGUGCUCCAACAACUUCCCUUAUUAGUGUAGCUGUCACCAAGAUAAUUGCCAAAGUUUUGGAAGACAACAACCUCCCUGGUGCAAUCUGUGCCCUAACAUGUGGUGGAGCAGAUAUUGGCACUGCAAUGGCCCGAGAUGAGCGUGUGGACCUGCUGUCCUUCACCGGCAGCACACAUGUAGGCAAACAGGUUGCUUUGAUGGUGCAAGAGCGAUUUGGGCGGAGCCUGCUGGAGCUGGGGGGGAACAAUGCGAUCAUUGCUUUUGAGGAUGCAGACCUGAAUUUAGUGGUUCCAUCUGCACUGUUUGCAGCUGUGGGAACAGCUGGCCAGAGAUGCACAACUGCCCGGCGUCUGUUUUUGCAUGAGAGCAUCCAUGAUGAAGUUGUGAGUAAACUCACAAAGGCAUAUGCACAAAUCCGUGUUGGAAAUCCCUGGGACCCCGAUGUCCUGUAUGGGCCUCUCCACACCCAGCAAUCAGUGAAAAUGUUCCUUGGGGCAGUGGAAGAAGCCAGAAAGCAAGGAGGAACUGUGGUGUAUGGUGGGAAGGUAAUGGAUCGCCCUGGAAACUAUGUUGAGCCAACAAUUGUGACUGGUCUUGCUCAUGAUGCUGCCAUUGUGCACACGGAGACUUUUGCACCAGUUCUGUAUAUCCUUAAAUUCAAGGAAGAAGAUGAGGUCUUUGCCUGGAAUAAUGGAGUAAAACAGGGCCUCUCUAGUAGUCUCUUUACCAAGGAUUUGGGCAGAAUCUUCCGCUGGCUUGGGCCUAAAGGAUCAGACUGCGGUAUUGUCAAUGUCAACAUUCCUACCAGCGGGGCAGAGAUUGGAGGAGCUUUUGGAGGUGAGAAGCACACUGGUGGGGGAAGAGAAUCUGGCAGUGAUGCAUGGAAACAAUAUAUGAGACGAUCCACUUGCACCAUCAACUACAGCAAGGAUCUGCCUCUAGCCCAAGGAAUCAAGUUUCAGUAACUGGGUGUCUAAUUGCACGCACUCAAGCUCUUUUACCCCUAUUCUCUUGAGAGCUAAAAGAGAGGGGAGAGUUUGUGCUGCUUUUGCUCUGGAAGGGUAACAUUUCUAGAGUGGCAGCAGAACUCAAACCCCAGAAAUGAAACAUCUUGUCCUUGACUUUGUAAGUGAAAAUAAAAUUUCCAGAAAGUA